AGAGAGAGGGAGCAGGAACGAUGAUGACCCGCCAUUACCAACCGCUAUCAUCUCAAGACACUAGCGUUGCCAGUGGAACAAGCUUGAAGUGCACGAGACUAAAACAUCUCAACUGUUUCGAAACCCUAACACCACCACCACCACCACCAAUUUCUCCUGACUUCUUUUCCAUUCACUUCUUAGAAAUCCUCCAUCCUUAAUCAUCAUCACCAUUGCCGCUUCUUCAUUCUCGAUCCACUGUCAAUGUUGCCGCCGAGAUUCUUCCGUUUGUUCGCUGCGCUGGUUCUCCUCUUGGAGGCGGAGAUCCUCCCUGUCGUCGCCGACGGCGAUGGGUUACUUGAGGCCUGCAAACAAGAUUUGAACAGCUUUCUUCCUCCUCCUUACGGCAAUUAUUCAGGUUAUACUUGUACAACCGUUUGGAAUACUUUCAUUUUGAGAUACACUCAGAGUCAAAGUAAUGUCCUGACCAUUGUAUUAUCUGCUGUAUAUACUACGGGGUGGGUUGGAAUAGGAUUUUCAAAAGAUGGAACGAUGGUUGGUUCAAGUGCUAUGGUAGGUUGGAUUAAUAAAGAAGGCCGAGCAAAGAUCAAACAGUAUUACUUGCGUGGUCAAAGCACAUCUGAAGUAAUACCAGACAAGGGUGAAUUGCAACUUACUAAUGUUCCAACUGUUACUGUUCUUCAUGAGGCUACCAUUUACUUGGCAUUUCAAUUGAAUCUUGCAACUCCUCUUACUCAUCAACAAAUACUACUAGCUUUUGGAACUUUAUACCCGAUGCACAAUCGGCUAACAAAGCACGAUGAUAAAACAACUGUUGUAUUUGACUUCUCUGCUCCUGGUUCCCCGGCUGUGAUUCCCAAAAACACUAACAACUUGAAAAGGAGCCAUGGAGUUCUGGGUAUAACUGCAUGGGGCGUGAUCCUUCCAGCUGGGGCAAUUGUUGCCAGAUACUAUAAGCACCGGGAUCCUCUAUGGUAUUAUAUCCAUACAUUCGUUCAAUUUGUGGGAUUCAUCAUUGGGCUUGCUACUGUGGUGGCUGGGAAGGCACUUUAUGAUGGACUGCAUGUAAAUAUUCCGGCACACAGAGGCAUUGGGAUCUUUGUUCUUGUGCUUAGUAUUCUUCAGGUGAUAGCAUUCUUCCUACGGCCUAACAAAGAAGCCAAGAAGCGCAAGUAUUGGAAUUGGUAUCACCAUUGGGUUGGGAGGCUCGCUCUAUUCUUUGGAGCUGUGAAUAUUGUCCUAGGGAUUCAAGUUGGAGGUGCAGGUAGCUCUUGGAAGGUAGCCUAUGGAUUCUUUCUUGCGGUAGUUCUCAUCACAGUCAUUGUUUUAGAAGUAUUAUUGUGGAAAAGAGGGUCUGAGAAAAACGCUGAUCCUCCAACCUUCCAAUCCAAUCCAAAUUAGUAGGUCAUGUUCUAAUACUUGAAAUUAGCUCCCUCAUUUUUUCUGUAGAUGAGCAUCUCUUUUCCUUGAUUAUUUUACAUUGUUGAAGCAGGGCUAGAUCUUGAGUCUAAAGAAAAUCUUUUAAGGAUGGUAGGGAGAGUUGUUUUUUUCUGCCCUUGUAUUUUCUUAAGAAGGUUGUGCCACUAUCUGGGCUUUAGGUUUUUUAUGGCACACGCCUGAGAAACUGAGGAUGUAUAAAACUGUAAGCUCCACUCCCACCGUGGACGCUCUACCCAUUGUAAGACCAAGACAGCAGUUACUCGUGAGACUCAACUGUCCAAAUGUUUUCGCACAGCUGAUAACUGUGACCGGACCCUGCCAAGGGAGCCUCUUGAUUGGUUUGUGAAUACAGAUAGAACUUUUUGGUUAUUUUUUCUUCUCGGAUUGUAUAAUAUGACAAUGGUAAUGAAAGUUCAGUUUGCUGUAAUGUGCAAAUGGGAGAUUGUAUA